CCCACUCCACGCAGCUCCUCCGACCGCCAGCCGUUCCCGCCGCGACCCCGAGGCCGAGAGAAUCCACGACGAGUCUCCUGCACACCCACGGUGGAACGUGAAGUUUGUUGUCUUCGAGCGAGUGACGCCGAUUUGCAUAUCCACUCCCACUCCUUCCUCAUUUGCAUACAGCAAGAAAUGGCGAGCGGGCAUCCCACAGACAAAUUCAGUUUCAUGUAUCAACCAGACACGCACAAGAGCAAAAACAGGUUGUCUGCAGCCAUGAAUCCUGUCUACAGCCCUGUCCAGCCUGGCGCCCCCUAUGGAAACCCCAAAAACAUGGCCUUUGCAGGCUAUCCAGGGGGUUAUCCGACUACGGCACCCACAUAUACGCCAAACCUCUAUCAAACAGGAAGUCCUGGGUAUCCACCUGGAUAUACUGCAGCGGGCACCCCUUACAAGGUGCCCCCGACUCAGUCCAAUGGAGCGCCUCCUCCCUACACCCCCACCCCUACCCCGUACCCGACGGCUAUGUACCCCAUCCGCAGUGCCUACCCACAGCAGAACUUGUACACGCAGGGUGCGUACUACACCCAGCCCGUGUACGCAGCUCAGCCGCACGUGAUCCACCACACCACCGUGGUGCAGCCAAACAGCAUUCCCUCCACGGCCCUCUACCCGGCCCCGGUCCCUGUACCUGCUCCUCGCAACAACGGCAUGGCUGCCAUGGGGAUGGUCGCCGGGACAACCAUGGCCAUGAGUGCAGGGACCCUGCUGACAACGCCUCAGCACGCCCAGAUCGGCGCGCACCCCGUGACCGUGCCCACCUACAGGCCCCAGGGGACCCCCGGGUACAGCUACGUGCCACCCCACUGGUAGAGCCCACCCACUAAUCUCUGGAGUCCACCGUCAUAUGCAACUGCUCCCGGUAACCAUGGGAACUCUGCACCCUGUCUGCAGAACAAAACCUAAAGUGCAACAGCCACUUUAAUAUCACUCUAACAUUUUUACAAAAGCUGCUUUUAUUUUUUUGAAUUCAUUUUUUUUUUCUCUCUCUCUCUCUCUCUGUUCAUUUGCCAACUGGUCAUAACCUUCUUUUUAUUAUUUUUUUUUAGGACUUUUUUCCCCCAACCCCCUCCUUUCUUUUGUUGUCUUUCAUUGGAACUCCAGAAGGACGCCGGACCAAUUCCGGGUGUUGGUCAGUCCUGUGUGUGUUGAUGUACGUGUGUGUGUGCGUGUGUGUGUGUGUGUGUGUGUGUGUGUGUGUGAGGUUCCUGCCUGCUGCUCAGUGGGCUGGAAAGUAUCGUGCACUUAUUCCUCAACAUCAUCUCCAUCAGUCCUUGCAAAGACUUACUGACUUAUGCUGCCAAAUUUUCGAACAGCACAGUUUUAAACACCAAUUUUUUUGUAUUUAGUUUCACGCAGGUUGCUUUUCUUUCUUUUUUUUUAAGUGUUUCCUUUGUCUUGUUUCACAUUUUCAUUUGUUUCCCCCCCCCCACUUUGAAUCCUACCUAUCUGGUCUUCCAGCACCUCACCGUCUUUCUGUUUCCUCGCGUGUGUUCUAUAUCGCACUUACCGCACAAGUACGCAGGACGCCACAUACUAUGCAGGCUAGUAUGUCGUGACACUGCAUGCUUCUUUUUUUUUUAAUGUAUUAAUCGUCAGUCAACGCGUUCGGUUAGAACACUCCCAAUGACGUGUUGUCUCACGCAGGGGCUCCUGUGGUGGGCAUAAACAGGGACCGCCUAGUGGCACUUACUCCACAGAAGUUACCGCAAAAUCCACGUAUUUGUAGGCGUAGAAGGCGGGGGGGAAAGGGGGAGUUAUAAAAGGGAUCGGGCUGGAAGUGAAGACGUCGGGCUGCGUGCGCCCGGGUGAGAACCAAUAACCGAGCUUUUUCCCACCAAAAAAAAAAAAAAAAAUGCACAUUGACGCGGACCGGCGUGCGUCGGUUUAUGCCAAACUAGCCGCACAAAACAUCCACCUCAGUCAAACAUAAGGAGUUGCGAUUAAUCACAAAAAUAUUGCAUUAAUUAUGUAGCAACACAGAUUUAUUUUGACUUCUAAUCCAGAGGUUUUUACUUACUCAACAACAGAUAUCAAAUAUUAACAUCUUCCUCUUGGUUUUAAUGGUAUUCAGUAGAGAUGUCCGAUAAUAUCGGUCGGCCGAUAAAUGCGUUAAAAUGUAAUAUCGGAAAUUAUUGGUAUCGUUUUUUUUAUUAUCAGUAUCGUUUUUUUUUGUUUUUUUUAAAUUUUUUAAUUAAAUCCACAUAAAAAACACAAGAUACACUUACAAUUAGUGCACCAACCCAAAAAACCUCCCUCCCCCAUUUACACUCAUUCACACAAAAGGGUUAUUUCUUUCUGUUAUUCAUAUUCUGGUUCCUACAUUAUAUAUCAAUAUAUAUCAAUACAGUCUGCAAGGGAUACAGUCCGUAAGCACACAUGAUUGUGCGUGCUGCUGGUCCACUAAUAGUACUAACCUUUAAUGGUUUUAAUGGUAUUCAGUAGAGAUGUCCGAUAAUAUCGGUCGGCCGAUAAAUGCAUUAAAAUGUAAUAUCGGAAAUUAUCGGUAUCGUUUUUUUUAUUAUCAGUAUCGUUUUUUUUUUAGUUUUUUUUUAAAAAUUAAAUCCACAUAAAAAACACAAGAUACACUUACAAUUAGUGCACCAACCCAAAAAACCUCCCUCCCCCAUUCACACUCAUUCACACAAAAGGGUUGUUUCUUUCUGUUAUUAAUAUUCAGGUUCCUACAUUAUAUAUCAAUAUAUAUCAAUACAGUCUGCAAGGGAUACAGUCCGUAAGCACACAUGAUUGUGCGUGCUGCUGGUCCACUAAUAAUACUAACCUUUAACAGUUAAUGUUAUUCA